CCAUCCAAAACACGCUCUAUUUCAUUAUUAUUCUCUUUUCUCAACAAUAUAUAUAAUACUUUUUUUUUUUUUUUUGGUUUGAAUUUAAUAAGGGUGGUGGUGUUUGAUCUAGCUUGCUGGUUUUCUGGGAUGUGAUUCGGUGAUUUGGGAAUCAGAGGAUGACUACCCGAAACCCCGAAUCGUCUCAGGGAGAUGGCGGUGUUCCUCCUCCUCCUCCGCCUCCUCCGCCUGGUGAUCUGCGUUCUCGUAGUGGCAAUACGGUUUUCAAGAGCGGGCCACUUUUUAUAUCAUCCAAAGGAAUUGGAUGGACAUCCUGGAAGAAAAGGUGGUUUAUUUUAACACGUACUUCUCUGGUUUUCUUCCGAAGUGAUCCAAGUGCUGUUCCCCAAAAGGGGGGCGAAGUGAAUUUGACCCUUGGUGGUAUUGACCUCAACAAUUCAGGCAGCGUGGAGGUCAAAGCAGAUAAAAAACUCCUGACUGUGCUCUUUCCUGAUGGUCGUGAUGGACGAGCUUUCACACUAAAGGCUGAAACUAUGGAGGAUUUAUAUGAGUGGAAGGCUGCACUUGAGAAUGCUUUGGGGCAAGCACCAAGUGCCGCUCAUGUAAUGGGGCAAAAUGGUAUCUUCAGGAACGAUCAGACUGAUUCAGUUGAUAAUUCUUUGGAUCAGUUGAAGGAUAGACAGCCUUUCAAAUCUUCAGUUAUUGGACGGCCAGUUUUAGUUGCCUUGGAAGAUGUUGAUGGAGCUCCGUCUUUCUUGGAAAAAGCCCUCAGGUUUAUAGAAGAGUAUGGCAUCAAAGUAGAAGGGAUCUUGCGUCAAGCCGCCUACGUUGAUGAUGUUGAACAUCGAGUUCGGGAAUACGAGCAGGGAAAAAUUGAGUUUUCUCCAGAGGAGGAUCCACAUGUUGUUGCUGAUUGUGUCAAGUAUGUCCUCCGGGAGUUGCCAUCAUCUCCUGUCCCUGCAUCUUGCUGCAAUGCACUAUUAGAAGCAUGUCGAACUGAACGUGGUACUAGAGUCAAUGCUCUUCGUGGAGCAAUAUGUGAUACGUUCCCAGAACCAAAUCGCCUCUUAUUGCAAAGAGUACUUGUGAUGAUGCAAACUGUAGCUUCUCACAAAGCUGAGAAUCGAAUGAGCUCCUCGGCUGUCGCUGCAUGCAUGGCACCCUUACUUUUGCGUCCCCUUUUAGCUGGUGACUGCGACAUCGAAAAUGAUUUUGACGUUGGUGGUGACGGUUCUGCUCAACUUUUGCAAGCCGCUGCUGCAGCUAACCAUGCUCAAGCCAUUGUUAUAACUUUAUUAGAGGAGUAUGAUAAGAUAUUCAAGGAAGGGUCCAUGUCUCUUGAGCUAUACACUGAGUCAGAAGAGAGUGGAAGUGAGAGUGAGGGGGCAACUGAUGAUGAUGAUGAUGAUGAAUCCUAUGAAGAUGAUGAACAUGGUGAUGCAACUCAGGAAUCUGAUGCAGGUGCAGAUGAGGAUUUUGAAAAUGCAUCAAGUGGAACCUGCAGCGAGAGUGGUGACUCUAGAGACAAUGAUCCUCCGUGCGAUAAUAAGGAUUCUGAUGGUUCAAACUUGGGUGACCAAUCCCCUGAAGUAGAUGCUUCCAUAGACAGUCAGAAGUUGUCAUCAAAUUCAUUUGAAACUUCAUUGCCUCAACAUGACGUUCUACAAACUGGUCGGAGUCUUCCAAAUCAAAGCAAAAAUAGUUCGGUAAUGCAGGUCACUGAAUCUGCUGAACCACUAGGAGAUGCUUCUGAAGAACCAAGUUUGGUUCCUACGUCUACAAGUCCUAGUCCAAUCUCAUUGAUCAGAAAAUCUACAACCAUAUCCAAUGGACCUGCACGUGGUGCUAGGUUUCGCACCAUGUUGGGGCGUAACUCUGCAAGGAAGAACCUUUCCAUGGAAUCCAUUGAUUAUUCCAUAGAAGAAGAAGUUGAAAUCCAGAGGCUUGAGUCAACUAAAACUGAAUUGGAAAACAGAAUUGCAAGAGAGGGUAAAGGGAAUGCAAUUCUGCAAGCCAGUCUGCAAAGACGAAAGAAGGCCUUGCGUGAGCGUCGUCUAGCUCUUGAGCAAGAUGUUGCAAGACUACAGGAACAGUUGCAAAAGGAAAGAGACUUGAGGACAGCUCUUGAAGCAGGAAUGCAGACUUCUCAGGUGCCGUCACGUGUUUUAGCCACUAUAGAUGAAAAGACAAGGGUAGAGCUUGAGGAAAUAGCUCAGGCAGAGGCGUAUGUCAUCAAUUUGAAGAAGAAUGUUGAUGAUCUUGAAUCGCAGCUGAAUCAACAAUGUGAACAUAACUAUGGUCCUAUGCAUGCUUCAAUCAAUCAUACCCAACAAACUCCAAAUAAUCAAGCAAAACGGAAAGAUAAACAGAAGGAUACUGAAGCCACUGCCACUUCACUUCUUGAAACGUCGAGAAGUAAGGGACCAAAUUCAACUACUUUUGCACUGUCAAAGUUGACAACCCGAUUGAACUUUCUGAAGGAAAGGCGCAGCCAACUAGCAAAUGAACUCCAGGAUAUGGAUAGAGGCCAAGGAUCAGCUCAACCUGUCCAAAACCUGGAGAAAGGUAGAGGAUCGGAAUCCCGCCAAUCACUCCAAAACCUGGACAAGGUUCAAAGAAUCGAAGUUCAAUCUGUCCAAAACCCAGACAUAGGUGAACAAGGGGAUUAUUGUACAUUACCUAUGAACUUUGGAGUAGGGAGUAAAGGCCAAUCAUAUGCAAAUCCAGAAAAAUUCAGGAAAUGAGAUAGUCAACCGCUGCUAAAGGCCAAUAUCCCCAUAGCCUGAAGAGGGGAAGAUCAGAAAGCCGUCUGUCUCAAAAUGCAGAAGAGGUCAAUGCUUAGAAGAGUGCCAAUCUUUUCUUCCUCCAAAGACAAAUUUUAGAUGAUAUCAGGUCUUAUAUGAUCACUUGAGUGAUUGUUUUGUGCGUUUGAUGUUGCUUUUAUCAUCGACAAUACGGUUCGUAGAGAGCUUUGAAAGAUGAUGAAACUUGCUGUAUAGAAUUGGCAUAAGGUUGACUUUGAUGCCAAUAUCAAGCUCAAGUCCCUACACCCCACCCACCUACCCACGCAACCCUUACAAUGUACAGAUCAUCCAUCUCCUUCUUGAUUUCUGAAUUUUGCUGGUUCAAAAACAAAGCAGGGUUUUAUAUCAAUGGACUCUGUUGUAUUGGUAAAUACAAUAUUAAUCUUAUUGGAGUUGC